CAUGUGCUGACUAUACCAUGGCACAGAAUAAAAACUCAAUUAAUUUCUUAGGAGUUUGAGACAUUUGAACAAGUGAAAUCACAUUAUCACAGAAAGGCACCAUCUUCCCACUUUUUCCAAUGGCUACAGUUCUUAGAUCACUUCAUCUUCUGAUGAUUCUCUAUAUUUCCAGUAUUCCCUUGAACUUUGCUCAAGAUAAAAGCCAAUUCAUCUACAAUGGCUUUAGUCAAGCCAAUCUGCAUCUUGACGGAAUCGCAGAAAUUCUCCCUAAUGGUCUGUUGCAGCUAACCGAUAGUUCAAACCAGAAACUUGGUCAUGCUUUUUACCAACUUCCUAUAAAUUUCAGCACGAUUUCUUCUCUUUCAUUUUCUACAAACUUUGUGUUUGCCAUGGUUCCUCAAGAACAGGAACCAGAACUCGGUGGACAUGGCAUAGCCUUCACCAUCAGUCCCUCGAGGAGCUUUAAUGGUUUAGAAAGUCAAUACCUAGGACUCUUCAAUUAUUCAAAUAACGGCCUUACUUCCAACCACAUAUUGGCCGUCGAGCUCGAUCCUGUUAAGAGUCCUGAAUUUGAAGAUAUUGAUAACCAUGUGGGAAUUGAUGUGAAUGACCUAAGAUCACUUGAAUCGGCUCCUGCAGCAUACUAUUCCAAUGAAGAAAGGAGGAAUAUAAGCUUGGAGCUCCAAAGUGGGAAUCGAAUGCAACUUUGGAUAGACUAUGACGAAGCAGAAAAGUUGUUGAAUGUAACACUGGCCCCAAUUAGAACCCCAAAACCAGACUGCCCUCUCUUGUCAACGCCGAUCAAUCUGUCUAAGAUCGUGUUGGAAUCUAUGUAUGUUGGUUUCUCUGCUUCCACAGGAUCAGUUUCAAGUCACCACUACAUUCUUGGAUGGAGCUUUAAUAAAAGUGGGCAAGCACAAAGCCUCGACAUUUCGAGACUCCCUACACUUCCCCCACGCAGGAAACAAAUAGUAUUGAUCCGGGCUCUUCUCAUAGUAGCAGUGGUUCUGCUGAUAACGAUAACUGGAGCUGCUUACUAUUUUUGGAGGAAGAAAUACGAGGAAGUACGUGAAGAUUGGGAAAGUGAGUAUGGUACUCACAGGUUCAGCUAUAAGAGUCUCUACAAGGCAACCAAAGGUUUCAAAGCCAAAGAGAUUAUUGGAGAAGGAGGUUUUGGAAAGGUUUAUAGAGGAACACUUCCUUCUAAUGAGCAAAUUGCAGUCAAAAGAGUCUCCCAUGAUUCCCAACAGGGGAUGAAGGAAUUUGUGGCUGAGAUCAUUAGCAUGGGAAGAUUGAGACAUAGGAACUUGGUGCGGCUCUUGGGCUAUUGCCGGCGCAGGGGAGAACUCCUCUUGAUCUAUGAUUAUAUGCCUCAUGGAAGCCUUGACAGAUUCUUAUACAGCAAUGGAAGAAAACACCUUAACUGGCUUCAAAGAUUUCGAAUCCUCAGAGGAGUAGCAUCUGGCCUUCUUUACCUCCACGAAGGGUGGGAACAGACUGUUAUACACAGAGAUAUAAAAGCAGGCAAUGUCCUAUUAGAUGCUGAAAUGAAUGGAAGGCUAGGUGAUUUUGGCCUUGCUAGAUUAUAUGACCAUGACACAAAUUCACAAACUACGCUUGUGGCUGGGACUGUCGGUUAUUUGGCUCCGGAGCUUACUAGAACGGGGAGGGCAACCACUUACACUGAUGUGUAUGCUUUUGGGGCUUUCAUGCUAGAGGUCGCUUGUGGAAGGAAGCCAAUAGAGCGAAUGGGGAUGCCUGAAGAAUUAGUUUUGGUUGAUUGGGUCUUCGAGUGCUGGAGCAAAGGAGAUAUCCUCCGUGCUAGUGAUCCUAGAUUGGAAGGUAAUUAUGUGGUGGAGGAAAUGGUAUUGGUUUUGAAAAUAGGACUCCUGUGCUCACAUGUAAAUCCAGUUGCUAGGCCUAGCAUGAGGCGAGUGAUGCAGUUUUUGAAUGGCGAUGCUGAUUUGCCGAAUAUUCCAUAUGACAGUGCUUCUUUUGGUACAUUCACAAGUAGUGAAACAUUCGAUUUCUUAUGGUCACCUCCGUCAUCAUUUGUCCAGUCUUCUGACCCUUCCAUGUCUAGCACCGUUUCCAUCCUUAAAAGUGGUUGAAUCAGCUGCCUCAUCCCACGAGUAAACUACUAGAUCAUGGAUGUAUACUUUGGACCAAGUCAACCCAUGGCACACAUAAAGCUUACAGAUAACUUGGUGGUGGAGAGGGGAAGAAGAACCAUGAUGUAGAUGUAUACAGUUUCUUUUAAUAAAUAUACAUUUCCUAAACUCAUGUUAGUACUCUACUUGAGAUC